AUGCCAACAAGACUUCAUAAUACACGAAAACAUAGAGGUCAUGUAUCGGCGGGUUAUGGAAGAGUUGGCAAACAUCGAAAACAUCCCGGUGGAAGAGGACUUGCAGGUGGGAUGCAUCAUCAUCGCAUCAAUAUGGAUAAAUACCAUCCUGGAUAUUUUGGAAAAGUAGGAAUGAGAUAUUUUCAUAAGACAAAUAAUCAGUUUUGGAGACCUCCAGUAAAUGUUGAAAAAUUAUGGUCCCUUAUUUCGAAAGAAGAAAGAGAAAAAUUUCUAAACCAAAAAACAGAUACGUCGCCUAUUAUUGAUACUCUUGUUCAUGGAUAUGGAAAAGUUCUCGGAAAAGGUCGUCUACCUUCUAUACCGAUUAUUGUUCGUGCCCGGCAUGUCUCACAAACUGCCGAAAGAAAAAUUAAAGAAGUUGGUGGCAUUGUUGAGCUGGUUGCAUAG